AUGACCCCUACGCACCAAAGGUCACCCGGAAGCCGCGAGCCGGUGGUUUGCAGACCGGUGAUACAGCGGUCAGGACGUCUUUACUUUCCUCUGGGAUGCAAAAUAUACACCAAACAGCCUGUAGAAAAUUAGUAAAGCACUUCAAACUCUACAACGAACUUUUCAACCCUCAACAGCGACGGCUUCUCCGAGAAACGACCGUCCAAAGACGAACUUCUUUCUCCGGCAAGAUGGCUCCAAGAAACUCUUCCCGGAAUCUGCGGGUGCUGUUGGACAUGGACGGUGUCCUGGCGGACUUCGAGGGACAGUUUCUCAAGAGGUUUCGCGAAAAAUACCCGCACGACCCGUUUGUACCCCUAGAUGAACGAUCUGGCUUUUACGUUACAAAACAGUACUACGCCCUUGGACAAGAUAUUGGGACCAAAGCAUUCGGCAUCUACGAAGAAAAAGGUUUCUUCCUCGACCUCCAGCCCAUAGACGGAGCAAUAGAAGCUGCCAGAGAGAUGGCAGAAAUGGAGGGAGUUGAUGUGUAUAUUUGCACAAGCCCCAUCAAGAAGUAUACACAUUGUGUUGUAGAGAAGUAUCAGUGGCUGGACAAGCACCUGGGUAAGGAGUGGAUGGAGAGAAUGAUUCUAACCAGGGACAAAACUGUUAUCAACGGAGAUCUCCUCAUUGAUGAUAAACCCAACAUUACAGGAGGCAUGAAUCCUCCAAAGUGGCAGCAUGUCCUGUUCACCUCCUACCACAACAGAGAUGUGGUACUACAGGACGGUCAGAUCAGGCUGGACGGAUGGCUACCUCACAGCAGAUGGAGGGACAUACUGGAGCAGAAGAGACAAGAAAUAUCAGAGCAGUAGGAUCAAAUACUGGUCCACGAGGCUGUAGAUGUGUUUUCAGAGAAAACGAUAGAUGUAGCAAGUCUACCUCUCAUUUUUAACCCUAGAUUGUGAUUAUAUGAGAAAAUGUGGAAUACGUGGAUGUUGACCAUCACUUUCAAGACCAAUUAAGGCAAAUUUUUAACAA